AGAAUGAAGAUCUAGAAAAGAACAAAGUCACCUCUUCACUGGCUUCUGCCUCUGAUCCAGAACCCCCUUCCUCACCCCACAGGCCACAGAUGAUAUCUCCAGUGAGUAAGGAUGCCACGGAAGAGCUGCGGAAAGUGGCUGGUGCCCUGGAGUCUCAUGCCUUGGUAGAACAGGAGCCGCUGCCUGCAGACCAGCCCCAGGUCCUCAGCGAGGUGGCCAAGUAUCAAGUUCCACAAAGGUCCGGGGACAUCGUUAUGAUCCAAUCUGAGCACACAGGAGCUAUAGAUGUUCUUUCAGCUGAUAUGGAAUCUGCAGAUCUUCUGGGGGACCACAGGAAAGUCUCUCCACCCCUGAUGGCUCCUCCAAACGUCUGGACCUUUGCCAAGGUGAAGGAGUUCAAGAGCAAGUUGGGCAAAGAGAAGAACAGCCGUCUGGUAGUGAAGCGGGGUGAGGUGGUGACCGUCCGGGUUCCUACCCAUCCAGAGGGGAAGCGUGUCUGCUGGGAGUUUGCAACUGAUGACUAUGACAUUGGCUUUGGAGUUUAUUUUGACUGGACCCCUGUGACCAGCACUGACAUAACAGUGCAGGUCAGUGAUUCCAGUGAGGAUGAGGAUGAAGACGAGGAAGAGGAGGAAGAGAUUGAAGAACCCGUCCCAGUUGGCGAUGUGGAGAGAGGUUCCCGGAGCUCCCUGCGAAGUCGCUAUGGGGAGGUCAUGCCUGUCUACCGGCGGGACAGUCACCGAGAUGUGCAGGCUGGCAGCCAUGACUACCCUGGUGAAGGCAUCUACCUGCUCAAAUUCGACAACUCCUACUCCCUGCUACGCAACAAGACUCUCUACUUCCACAUCUACUACACUAGCUGAAGGACUGUGGGGGCAGGGGACACACUGUUUCCUGGUGAAGCAGGCUGCCAGCUGGGGCCUCUUGUUUUGGACAGGCAAGCGCUAAAAGUUCAGUGUGAGGCUCCUGAGCCUCGUGCCCUGCCUGGCUUGCCUGACUAUUGACCCCACGUAGCUUUUCCCCCUUCUUGGCUUCUGCAGGUGGUGGUAUAGCCCCCCCUGUUCUGUGGUCUUUGACUUAUGCUCUUGCUUCAGACUCCAGCAAAAUCUGUCUGUGAAGGCACUUAUCAGGCAAAAGCCUGAAAGGAGGUAUGGCGUUGUCUUUUAAAACUACAUUUGUUUUGGUACAAGGUUUAUCAUUCAGAUUGCUGCUCUCCUCCCACAGAGCUUUUAUUGCCGGUGCAGUUAGUGGCACCCAUUCUCUUUGCUUUUUGAAGUGCCAGAAGAGGGAGAAGCACAUUGUCCAUGAAGGAGCCCAGUUUUUUUGGGUGGAUAAAGCUCCGUCCAGCCUCUAACCACUGCCAUGUUCCUGCCUGCUGGUUAUUCUUGGUCUCUAGCACAGGCUGGGAGCCUCACUGCCUUUGGAAUGAUAUUGUUAUUCUGAUGGUUACACUCUUCUUUUCCUUUUCCUAAGCCUGUGUUUUUGCCAUGCAGCAAGAACUUUCAUGCAGCUUAACGUGACGAUCAAUGUAACCUAAGGCCUUUGGGGAAGAAAAAUGGCCUCCAUUCCCUUCCAGUUUCAAGAGCUAGUUUUCCUUGCCAAGGGCAGCAAUGGUUGAAGUGAAAAGGAUGGAAGUCAGGUACUGAACUGAUCUCAGAACCCACCUUGAAAUCAAGUGUUACGAAAUUUUUUUGUAUCAUCAAAGGAGGAAGACUGUCAUUUGAGAAAGAAAGUUUAAAAAAAACACUCCCCGGUUUUUUGUUUUAUUGUCACCUUAGAAUAUGAUCAUUAGAAAUUUUGCUUUGGAGCCAAAUGCAGUGAGACCCAGUUGGGUGCCCAAAGUUUCUGGAUUUGGGCCCUUAGGAAAGGUGAUAAUGAAGCUUCACUGUUGCUGCUGAAUGUAUCGGUUCUUUUCCUGGCCAAAGCCUGCAUUUCCCUGGUGACGGCCUUUUACACCCUAUUGGGCUGGAGGUCCAGGAGCGCCACAGAGCACAGGUGGUGCUGCAGCCAGUGUCACCAGAGCCCCAGUGCCAGGGCCUCAGGCAGAGGAGAACGAGACCAGGCAGGGACCUUAGUGGUCGUCUCUACCUCCUCAUUUCUUAUUCCUUGUGUUAAGUCUGUUACUGCCUUCAGAUUUUGAAGAGUAAUUAGAUUUAUUUAUUACCUUAUUUAUUUUUAAAGCACAUUUCAUUUUGCCUUUGAAACAGUUUCCAUAUGUUUCUCAGAAGGCUUCCCAUCUGUUCUGAGCCACUGAGGCCACCUCUUCUAUGAAGUUAAAGAUGAUGGUUUUAGGAGAACUGGGGAAAUGAUGAUGUUCUAUUCCUGCAAGUCAGUCCUGCAGGGCUUUGAGAGGAGUCUGUCCCGUCAGAGAAGGAGGAUGCCAACCUACCCUGUACUUAGGGAACAGCCCAGAAUUCCCUAUGAGAGGUUCUAAGUUGGAGGGAAUCUGCCUAUUCACUGGGGAUUGAGUGCAGAGGAAUUGACUAGCCAAUCAGAGUUACUCUGUGAUUCCAAGAUUUCAAAAUCCUUUGCCUCCUCUAAGGCGUCACCUUCCUGAUGUUACCUUUGGCUCAUUCCUUCAUUGUGUGGCUACCUCACACCAACUCUCUUCUUGGGGCAGUAACUCCCAGUAUGUCUGUAGUAGUAUCAUUGUCGCAAACGGAGCGCAGUGCAUCCUGCACCUGCUGUCUCUUGGGAGCAGAAGGCCCACGUAGGAUGGGGCAUUGUGGAUUGCCACAGCAUUCCCGUUCUGAGUGGCAUCACACCUUGUUUUAGCUUUUCCAGUGUGUUUUAUAGAUGAUCACUCUGGCCAAAAUUUGUAUACUUUGUAAGAAAUAAUUGUAGCGACUGUCUAUUUGAGCCUUGAAAAGCAAACUUGCUGUGCGUCAUCCCAUCAUGUAGCUGAGUGACUACUCCUCUGUCACUGAGGUUGAAUCAUGCCUUAGCUAAUAGAACAGUCAUUGUGAAAUACUUUCUACCAAGCUGUUUUCCAU